ACUUUUUAAAGGGCAGAGUUGUAUUAACUCCCAGGCUGAGGGGGAGUCACCUGAGCUGUUAUUUUGGAUUGGACUCUAGCAAAUACCCCCCCACCCACACAAGGAAAACUCGCCUGGAACAUAGACACACAACAUCGACGUAAUCGUUUUGUACUUCGCUGGAAAAAAAUUGCACUUUUGAAGUCUAUAAUACUGAAGCGGAAGCCUGCAAUUGCAAGGAGGACGUGCUGUAAUUUUCCAUGGUCCAAAACCUCAUCCUGUUUUUAGGAAGGACAUUCAUUUGAGCCACAGCAACCCAAUCUUCACAGUUUUCCAUCUCACUGAUUACUGCUGCCUUUUAAGGUUUUUGCAGUUUUGCGGAGGAAGAAAAACCUACUCUGAAAAAAGAAGACAUCGACCUGUCACUAAAGCAGCUAUGCAGCUUGAAAUUCAAGUAGCACUCAACUUUAUUAUUUCCUAUUUAUACAACAAACUCCCCCGACGACGUGUGAACAUCUUUGGCGAAGAGCUCGAGAGCCAGCUGAGGAAAAAAUAUGAAGGCCACUGGUAUCCAGAUAAGCCAUACAAGGGUUCGGGGUACAGGUGCAUCCACGUAGGGGAGAAGGUGGACCCUGUGGUGGAGCAGGCAGCCAAAGAGAGCGGGCUAGACAUUGAAGAUGUCCGAAAUAAUCUCCCUCAGGACCUUAGCGUGUGGAUUGACCCGUUUGAGGUUUCCUACCAGAUCGGAGAGAAGGGACCGGUCAAGGUGCUGUAUGUAGAUGAUAAUGGCGAGAACGGCGCCGAGCUGGACAAGGAGAUCAAGAACAGCUUUAAUCCCGAGGCCCAGGUCUUUAUGCCAAUCACUGACCCCGUUGGGCCUUCCUCAGAGUCCAGCUCCCCCUCUCCUCCUUUUGGGCAGUCAGCCGCCGUCAGCCCCUCUUUCAUGCCUCGCUCGACCCAACCCCUGACCUUCACCACUGCCACCUUUGCCGCCACCAAAUUCGGAUCCACCAAAAUGAAGAGCAGCGGCCGCGGCAGCAACGCCACCGGUGGGAGUAGCAACAAGGUGGCCCGCUCAUCCCCCAUCAGCAACCUGGGUUUGAAUGUCAACACCCUCCUUAAGCAAAAAGCCAUCUCCACCUCCAUGCACUCACUGUACGGGCUGGGCCUGGGACAGCAGCAGCAGCAGCAACAGCAACAACAACAACAACAACAGCAGCAGCAGCAGAAGGCCACCGCUCUCUCCCCCAAUGCCAAGGAGUUUGUGUUCCCCAAUCUCCAGGGUCAGGCCAGCCCCGGAGCUGUGUUCCCCGGCGAGGGCUCCCUGGGGCUCGGACCUCUGCCGUACAACAACGCCUUUGACGUGUUCACAGCCUACGGAAGCCUCAACGACAAGUCCCUCAUGGAUGGCCUCAACUUCAGUCUGAGCAACAUGCAGUAUUCUAACCAGCAAUUCCAGCCUGUCAUGGCUAACUAAACUCAUCAGAGAUGUUUAUUUAUGAAUGACGGUGGCUCGAAAGAAGGAAAACCGAAACGCACACUUUAGAACUUGGACUGAUAGCGUCUGGUCCAUCAAGCGCAUGUGCCCAAGGGUGUGUGUUUGGUUGUUUUUUUUUUACUCGAACCCCUUGCGUUUUGUUUCAACUAAAAAAAGCUUGUUGUGCAAACACAUCCAAGCUCAACAUACAUUUUCUUUUCCCGUUUUGCCAACCAAGCACAAUUUUUUUUUUUUUUUUUUUUUUUUUUUUUUUUUUAAACACCACGUUGAGGAAAAUACUCCAAGAAAGAAGAAAUAAUGAAGGAAAAAAAACCCCACAAGCUUCAAGUUUUGGCCUCUUACAGUAUUUUAAAUGUGGUCAGACAAGGUUUUUUUUUUUAAUUUUUUUUUUAUUUAAAGAAGGAAUUGGCACUACUUAGUGGGGGUUACUUGGUCUUUUUCUAAUGGUAUAAUUUAAUUUAGUACAGAGUUUGUAAGAUACCAGAGUAUAUAUUGUUUCUAUGACAUGGUGUUGCAUUUAUAUCUUUUUACUACUCCAGUGAUCUGUGAUGGCUGCAGCAGCUUUUCCUUAUUUUUCUUUUUUAAAAGAUAAUUGUUAAAUAAAUCCAUCUUUAAAAAAAAAAAAAAAAAAAAAAACAUCGGAUAUUCUAAAGAUUGUGUACAGAGUAUUCCUUUAGUGGUGGAACUCAAGUGUAAGAAUAUUUGCUAUUUCUGAAAGAUGAACUGUAUUUUCUGUUAAGAAGUUAAAGAUUUUGCUAUACUAUGGACAACAAAUGUAAUCGUAUGAAUAUUAAUUUUGUACCUACAUUGUGCAAUACUUGAUAAAAAAUACGGCAUAACAAAGUAUUUUGAGUCAGUGUCUUACAUGUCAAGAGGGACUGAAAUAGUUUAUAUUGUUAAGUUUGUAUUAAAUGCUUAAAAAUGAUAUGCUUGUCUUUAUUUUUUUUUAAUUUCAUAUUUGCACCCUGGUCUUUUUAAUAAAAAUAAACUACAGUUGAAGAUGA